CGAAGCUAUCGAAGAAUCAAGUCGGUAGAAGCGGAGCGACCGCGGCGGCGGCGGCAGCGGCGGUAGCAGCAGCAGCAGCAGCGAGGCGGCGGCGGCGCUAAGGCGGACUGUACGCUGCAUAGCGGCGACGCCAGGAGCUGGGAGAGCGCGGCGGCGCGGCCCGCCCCGCGCGGCAUGCCCAGCCGCUCGGGCUGAGCGCGCCUCGGCGGCCGGCCCCCGCCCCGCGGGCUCCCCGCCCCCCGGCCCGCGCCCGCGGCCAGUCUUCGCCCCGGUGUGGAGGCCCGCCGCGCCCCCGCCGGCCCUCGCGCCCCUCGCGCCCCGCGCGCGCCGCCUGCCCGCGGCUGCUGCCUCUGUGCGGGCUCUGCAGCUGCCGCCGGUCGGGGAGACGCGGGCUUGGGGCGCGCGGCGGGCGCGCGGGGUGCAGGCGGGGGGCGGCGGCGCCCCCCCCUCGCGCCCCUCGGGCGACAUGGCGGCGGCCGUGGCGGUGGCGGCCGCGUCGCGGCGGCAGUCCUGCUACCUGUGUGACCUGCCCCGCAUGCCCUGGGCCAUGCUCUGGGACUUCACGGAGCCCGUGUGCCGCGGCUGCGUCAACUACGAGGGCGCUGACCGCGUGGAGCUGGUGAUCGAGACAGCGCGGCAGUUGAAACGGGCGCACGGCUGCGUUCCCGAGGGCCGCUCCCCGCCCGGCGCUGCGCCUCCCGCCGCCGCCAAGCCGCCGCCGCUGUCGUCGGCCAAGGACCUGCUACUGCCCCCGCCGCCUGCACCCGAGGCCUCUCCGCGCGCGCCGCAGGCCCUCGAGCGUUUCCCGCGUCUGGGCGCCGAUCUCACGGGCCGCGCACCCGCCAACGGGAUCCUGGUGCCCAAUGGCUUCUCCAAGCUGGAGGAGCCACCUGAGCUGAACCGGCAGAGCCCUACCGCGCGCCGCGCCCACGCCGUGCCGCCCACCCUCGUGCCGCUGGUGAACGGCUCGGCCGCUCCGCUGCCAGCCGCUCUCGGCCUGGGCGCCCGCGCCGCCGCGUUGGCCGCCACGCCGCCCGCCGCCGAACUGGGCGCGCACAAGCGACCAGCCUCCGUGUGCGGCAGUGCGCCCGCCGAACACGAGUCGCGCGACACGGCCAAGGAGAAGCCGCCGCCGCCAGCCGCGCACCGGGGCCCGGCCGAUAGCCUGGCGAGCUCGGCCGGGGCUGCAGAGCUGGGCACCGAGGCUACCGGCAAAGGGCGCGGCGCACCCGCGGAGCAGGACUGGGUCAACAGGCCCAAGACCGUGCGUGACACGCUGCUGGCCUUGCACCAGCACGGCCACACGGGACCCUUCGAGAGCAAGUUCAAGAAGGAGCCGACCCUGACUGCAGGCAGGUUGUUGGGUUUCGAGGCCAGCGGGGCCAACGGGUCUAAAGCAGUUGCAAGAACAGCAAGGAAAAGGAAGCCUUCUCCAGAACCAGAGGGUGAAGUCGGGCCUCCCAAGAUCAAUGGAGAGGCCCAGCCAUGGCUGUCCACUUCCACAGAAGGGCUUAAGAUCCCCAUGACUCCUACAUCCUCUUUUGUGUCUCCACCACCACCCACUGCCUCACCUCAUUCCAACCGGACCACACCGCCUGAAGCGGCCCAGAAUGGCCAGUCCCCCAUGGCAGCCCUGAUCUUAGUGGCAGACAAUGCGGGGGGCAGUCAUGCUUCGAAAGAUGCCAACCAGGUUCACUCCACCACCAGGAGGAAUAGCAGCAGUCCGCCCUCUCCGUCCGCUAUGAACCAAAGAAGGCUCGGCCCUAGAGAGGUGGGGGGCCAGGGCCCCGGCAGCACCGGAGGACUGGAGCCCGUGCACCCAGCCAGCCUCCCAGACUCCUCCCUGGCCACCAGCGCCCCCCUGUGCUGCACCCUGUGUCAUGAGCGGCUGGAGGACACCCACUUUGUGCAGUGCCCCUCCGUCCCUUCUCACAAGUUCUGCUUCCCUUGCUCCAGACAAAGCAUCAAACAGCAGGGAGCUAGUGGAGAGGUCUAUUGUCCCAGUGGGGAGAAAUGCCCUCUGGUGGGCUCCAAUGUCCCCUGGGCCUUUAUGCAGGGGGAGAUUGCAACCAUCCUUGCUGGAGAUGUGAAAGUGAAAAAGGAGAGAGACUCGUGACUUUUCCAGUUUCAGAAAAACCCAAUGAUUACCCUUAUCCAAAACUGCUUGAAUUGUAUAUAUAUCUCUCUAUAUAUAUAUAUAUCCAAGACAAGGGAAAUGUAGACUUCAUAAACAUGGCUGUAUAAUUUUGAUUUUUUUUUUGAAUACAUUGUGUUUCUAUAUUUUUUGACGACAAAAGGUAUGUACUUAAAAAAGCAUUUUCUUCUUUUGUUAAUGUUAUUAGCAUAUCUUUGUGCUUUAUUAUUCUGGUGACAGUUACCGUUCUAUGUAGGCUGUGACUUGGCUGCUUUUUUAGAGCACUUGGCAAAUCAGAAAUGCUUCUAGCUGUAUUUGUAUGCACUUAUUUUAAAAAAAAAGCCAAAUACAUUUUCUGACAUUGUAAGAUUGCCUUACUGUCUGUUAUUCCUUAUUGCUGGCCCCUUUCAGAGGCUAGAGGCCAGUUGUUGGAGAAAGGGGUGCUAUUGUCAAGUGGGAAAUAUCACCAAGUUUACCCCAAAAUGUGUCUUGGAGGAGUAGGGAAGUAUGUUUUAAAUCUCUCUAUUUUGUUCUUAAAGUUCAGUUCUUGGGACAUGGACUGAGAGGUGCUGCUGAGAGAUUUUCUGAAUUGUUUGGUUUUGGGGGGAAGAGGGUCUUUUUUUUAUUUUUAUUUUUUUUUAAGACAAAGUUGACCGCUGUUCACUUCCCACGUGAUCAGUUGUAAGAUUACGAUGCUGCAUGCUAGUUGGUUACAUAAUACACAGUUCCAGCAAUGGAGGCAGUUUCGAGGGGUGGUGAUGUGUACAAGAUGGCACUGCCAUCUUGGAGUGGAGCCUGGCUCUGCAGCGCCCCUUCAUCUCUCGGAACACCCCAGACCUCUGUUUGUUGUUGCUGUCUUUUCCUCUGAAGGAAUGGCAAGAAAAGUUGCAGUCUAGGUGACCUUGGAGAUUGUGAGACUGGUUUUGUUUCUGUUUUGUGUUGUGUUUUGUUUUUACCAUUUACCUGUAGUGCUAUUGCUGUUGAUGCUAUCACCUACACCCUGUUUCAGUGAGUGCUAAAUACAGUAUGGUACAAUGACAGUAACAGCUGCGGGUGAUGCCAGGGCUGCCUGUACCAGUGUAUCAGUGACAGUCCAAGUGUGCGUGGAGGAAACCUGUAAUUUCCUUCUUACAUGUGUUUGAAAUACCAAGUGAAUAAUACUGUUCUGGAAAAAAAUGAUUAGUGAAAAAUUUUUAAAUUAAGUGUUUUACCUACUAGGCAAGCCCCACCUAAAACUAUUUUUAGAAACCUUUUGUAAACUUAAUUUUUUUAAUCACUAUUGCUCAUCAGUAAAAUGAUUUUUUUAACCAUUAAAUCAUCAGUUGUUGGAAAUAGUUGUCUCACAGUGAUACUGGUUUUUCUUUUGUGCUGUUAUGAUUUAACAUUGACAGGAACACUUAAAUCUUAUGUUCAGGUGUUUGUAACCUGGACUUGUAAUUAGGCUGAUUCAUGGCUUCUAGGUCCACUGCACUGUAUGUGUUCACAGCCUAGCUUUCAUUUUAAUCUGAAAAAUACAGAUUACUACCAACUUGGAUUUCUUCUUUUAGUUAUGUGUUUGUCUUUUUAUUUUAAUUGCUCAAAAUAUUUUCAGUGGUCAAGUUACUGAACACAUGAAAAUCAGAUACUGCACCAAAUACAGUAUUUUUGUAGUGUUUUAAAUGAGUGCACCUAUUACCAGUGCUGUGCAAAUUCAUGUUACCAGUCAUUGUUAUAUUACAAACAGACUUGCAUGAUUAACCAGUUUGUUGUUACACUUUUUUUUAAUUGGAGUUAUGUAUGACUCAGAUCAGACUGGUCUCUCUUGUGUGAACGCACACAUGCAAAAAACAGUUUUACAUGCCCAUAAAGAUAUUUGUGAAGAAUUCAGCUAUUACAAUCUGUUGUAUAAAUGUGUUUCUAGGCACUUUAUUAUGAACUGGAAUUUGACUUCACAGAUGUUACAACUUGAUCAGUCAUUUGACCUAAUUUGUAGUGGCUAUCUGUAUGUUUUGCAAUCUUAACACAGAUAAGCUCUCCAAAAAGAUUAAUAAAGAACUAAUGUGCUGUAGAGGAGAGGUCUAUCCAGCUGUGGAAAAGACAACCUGUGGUUUUUCUGUGUUGGUGAAGAAGGGUGAAUUUUGAACACUUUCAAAGGGUUGCAUUAUUGAAGUUCCUGCUAUUAAAAUAUUAGGUCUGCAUGAGUCUGACUGGCCCUUGGGUGGCCUUUGGGAAAGGCCUAUAGUUGGAUGCAGAGUGUGGAUCUGGGUUCUUUUUCUGGCAUUCUGUUAAGUUAAAAAGUUAACACUGGGAUGUGGGUUUGAUCCUUUGUUGGACCUGAUGACAGUGCAGGGAUUCUCCACAGCUGGAUAGAAAUGUCAGAAAGCUACUUACUGUACACGGGCAGUAUCAGAUUUCAGAUCCUAAUAUUUCAGCUGUGCUUUUAAUACUCAGAAUAUUAGGGGUUGGGGUGUUGAAGCUUUCCCUUUUUUGCUUUAACAAUUUAUAGAAUUUAACAGAUGUACUGUCUUUCAUGUGGCCUCACAUUUAAAGUUAUGAGAACGUACACAUGGUUUACAACUUUUACUAUAUACCUUUCCUUGGCCACCAAGUAUUUUAAAAGUGUGCCACCUUUUAACCUUGACUUUUUUUUUUUAAGUUGAAGGUGAUACUUUUUCUAUAUAUGAUGAAAUUCAUGUCAACUGAAGUAAGUGUAAUCUUAGAUAUCAACAUUAUAUUUUAAAAUCACGCUAUGGAAAUAUCACCUGCAUUCUGUCAUUUGUCAGAUUUAUAGUACCUUUUUUUCUUUUAACUUUUAGCAUUAAAUAAAAAAUAAAAUUGGGAGCACUGAA